AUUCAGUUACUGGGAUAAUCUUCCAAAAUCGGUAAUCAUGCACAGGUGAAACAUUUUCCUGAUUGAAGCGGAAAGCAGACUCGCUUCAACAUUUAUUAAAACGGUUAAAUGUCCAGUACCGCUCAAAAGUAAGUUACCAGACUCUUGUAUCACUAGAAGGUGGAUUUUCAGUGGUACUGUUUAAUGUCUUCUUGUCAAGAUAUUCACAACUUACUGACCACAUGGUACCAUGUCCCUUGCGCCAAUGAUGUCUGAUUUGUUAAAAGGACAAAUACAUUGUACAUGUAUCUUUCCAUUGUACCUAAAUGAGCCUUAUUUUGGAUAUGUAUUGUUGGAGUCAAGUUAAGCUUUAGAGAAAAAUAUAUUUUAUCCUAGUCAAUGGGAAAUUUAAUUGAACUUUGAAGAUUCAAUUUAUAAGGUAAAUAUGGCUAUAUACGCAUAGGUAUGUUGCAAAUAAUUCUACCCUAAGGUGAGGUUUUGAUGUUACAAGGACAUGAAGAUGUCACCAGAAGGAGGAGGGUUUUAACAGAGAUGUGGGCCACAUGAGCAUGGCUUAAACUGGACAAGUCAUUUCCUGUUUCUUUUCAGAGAGCAAGUUCGUGUGAAUGGAUUUGGUAUGUUUUUCAUGGCUGUUUACCCUGGUGCCUUUGUAGAUCUGUACACUGAGCACUUGACUGUCAUUUCACCACUGCGUCAACUGAGAAUCUACUGUGCUGGUGUGUGGCACAAUGCAGUGCUUGUCUUAGUAGGAUUACUGAUCCUCUGGUGUCUACCUUACAUUCUGCUUCCAGUUUAUGUGACGGGUCAGGGUGCUGUGGUAUUGAAUGUCUUAAAGGUUGGUCCAUGCAAAGAGUGUUAUUAUAUGUCACAAAAUAACUGACACAGUACAUGCAAUCUAAUGAUUAGAUUGUGUGUAGUAUCUUAAAAAAACCUAUGGUUUAUUGUAACGGUAGGCUCAUAGAGAAAGGUAUUCAGACCAUUGAGCCAUACACAAAUCCAGCCAUUGAGUUGCAAAUGAUGAUUUUGGAAAAGCUAAAAAACAGAACAAGUUACUUACCCAGGCCUUCUCUCUUUUAAAAUAAUAAUGAUGAUAAUGAUAAUCUUUAUUCAAUUGAUAAAAUACAUAUUGAAAGUUACAAAGUUAAAUUUAAAAAAAAAAUUUCAAUUAAAGUAGAAUCAUAUUGCUGAGUAAUAAUUAAAGCAUAACCUAUUUACAAAGGAGUUCUUUAAGCGCUCAGUGUUAACUAAACGUAGCUGAAAUGUCUUUCUUCAAAACCUUUGAGAAGAGUCCUUUAUAGCAUUGGUUUCCACAUUUUAUUUCUGAGUUUCACGAUUCACUGCUACCAUAGUUUCAAAAGUUAUAAAGUACAUAGCUGGAAACCAUUAUUUUUGCUUAAGUAUGCAUGAGUGUUGUUAUGUUAUAAUUAAGGUUUCUGAUAUCUGGAAUAAUCAAAGACCAUCUGCAGCAGCCAAUUCUGAAGAUGGCCACAGUUGCAAUGGCAUAAAAAAUAUAGUGAUGACAUUGAUCAUUAUGAUGAUGAUGAUGACGAUUCUCUUUAUAUAAAUAUUAAUACUUUUUAUAUACAAUAUAUUUUUUAUUUAAAGGAAUCUCCAGUAUAUGGCAGCAUUCAGCGUGGUGACACUGUUCUUUCACUGUAUGGAUGUCAAGUGUAUAAUAAACAAAACUGGAAUGACUGUAUCAGUAAAACUCUCAGCACACCUCAACAUGGUUACUGUACAGACAUGCUGACUGUCACUAGGAAAAACUCUUCACAAGGUCAGACAGCAUAUAUAGUGGUUCUGAAUUGGCAGUUAUAUAAAUUUAUAAAUCAUUGAAAUUAAAUCAAUAACUAUACACAUGGACUCAUUAUUGUUGAAAUCCUGCUGUAUAUGUUAAAGGUCAAAAUUUAAUUCAGGUUAAAAGUUUUUAACCUAGGCUGAUUUUAGAUUCCCUUUGUCUUGUAGCCCAAAUUAUUCAUGAGAAUUGAAAUUGAGGAUCAACCUAGGUUAAAAAAUUUUAACCUGAAUUUAAUUUUGACCUGUGACAUAUACAUGCAGUGUUUUAACUGCUAUAGAAUGUCUUAAUGAUGAGAACUACAGAUCUUUCAGUCCUUGCCCUGCUUCUGAAUGGCAGUCUUCUCUUUGACUAUCCAAGUUUGAAUUUUAUAUCUCUUUGCUUGUAAUAUUGAUUGUAUCACUAAAAACUGCAUGUUGCUUUUUAUGUUAUUACUAGAUUAUGCAGUACCUUUAAUAAGUAUUCUGUGUGGUUAGUAUGUGCCCUAUGACAAUAGUUUUUCCCUUCACUGUCUGUCUCCAUUAAUCAGGAUUGUCAAUGAUUGAGGGCCAGUGGCUGGGGGCUUUCCCUGGCUAUUAGACUGUAUAUUAGUCUCAGCUACUUUGGAAAAAACACAAUAAUUAUGGAGUAAAGAAAAUGGAAACUGAAAAUUUAUUCUGUUCUGCCAUUUCCCUUCCUAUCCUAUUUUUGAAUUUAGUGUCACUCCUAAUGAUAAAUUAAUUAACUUACUCAGUGGUACAAAUAAUUAUUAUUAAAUAUCUUUAAGGUGGAUUUUACAAUGGUGAAGUGUAUGACUGUUGCCAGAACUCAACGUCAUCAAGGUUCUGUUUUAAAUACCAGUCUCUUAGCCAUUCAAAGGUACAUUAUGGAACAUUAACUUUUCAAAUAUCUAAUUUUAACUGAUAAACUAAGAAAUACUGUACUUGAACUUUGGCUGUGUAAUAUCCACAGAAUGUACAGUAGUCCAUUUCUAAUAAAGUUUAGUAGCAUGGUUUUUGAAGUCUGUGUGUCCAGAGGGACUAUUUAAUUCCUUCAAUAUUGUCAUUUGCACUUUGAAAGUUGUUGACACAAAUAAUUUUCUUCAGUUGAUUUUCGGUGCAAGAAAAUUUGAAAAUAUGCAAAAUUCUUUCUUGCAAUAAGCCCAUCAAACAGUGCUUUGAAAACUAUAUGCCCCAGGGCCUGUUUUUGAAAUUUUGUGAUAUUUGUGAUCACUGUUCAAGGCUCAUGUGCUUUACAAAGAAGUAAAGCGAUCCUGUUGCUCUCAAACUGUGAAAUGUUGGGUGUCUGGCAUAAUUAUGAUUUUCAUGAAGUUACUAAGAUUUUCUAGUCAUCAAAGAGCAAAAGUAAGACACCAGGGACCAUCUAGCACCUUUAGAGCACAGCUCUGCACUGUACCCAGCCUUUCUUAAUGAUCUAUAUAAUUAUACGUUUUUUUGUUUGUUUUCGUCGUUGUUGUUCCUGUUGUUGUUGGGUUCAAGGGAUAUGCAUGUCUUCCGGCAAGAAGCACCAUGCAGUCAAGGCAGCUGUGUGAUAUACCUACAGACUGUGAUGGACCAGGUGAGUACCUUGUUUGACAGCUGACACCAAGACAUAUAGUGUACUAAGAUUUAUUAAAAUCUACAAUCCGUGACAAAGUUGUUGAAACAUUGUCCUCAAACGGGGUAACUUCAGAGAACAAAACAAUUCACAGCCCUGCUCUUCCCUUCCAUUCAAAGUUGGGGUGUUUGUUGCUUUGUGCAGGUAGCUCAAACAGCGGCAAAACAUUGCAUGGAGGGGGAGGGGAAGGAAAAGCGUUUUCCUUUUUUAAGUUGGCAAAAAGUCAGAGAGGCCCUUUAGGGAAAAGAGUCUGUACUAAUUUUGUCCCGGAUUGUAGCCUCAUAUAUGUUCAAUAUAUUGAACGUUUCUGUGAUCUGGUGGCACAGAUGGAUGCAAAAGUAUAGAGCACUUUGAAGAGGCAAAUGUGCCAAGAGUUGCUCUUUGAAAACUAAAACUUGAUAAAUAAACCCUUUGGUGUUCAGUUCUUGGCAAUGAAAUAAACAGAACAAAACAAGUCCUUGGCGAAACGACAUUCCAAGCACCAGGCCAUCUCUUGAAUCUUUUUAAUGUGUUGUGCCUACAUACUUUUAGUGUGCUACUCUUUGUAUCAUUGUUUUUCUUUGUUUUCUCUGUUUUUUUACAGGACUCUGUUUAAAUUAGAUCCACGCUAAACCAGCUGUUCCUGUAUAAAUAAAUAAAUAAAUAAAUAAAUAACCUGUUUAGUUUAGUCCCUAAAUUUGAUAUCACACAUUGUUUAAAAUAGUGUUAUUUUGCAAUUAACGAUUACCAUUACAUGUGCCAAUUCCAGGGGACAAAGUGUGUGUUCAUCCCUCUUUGGAUAACUCCAGCCGCCUUCUAAGAAUCAUACGAAGUAAAGGCUCAGAUGUGCUGUACGUGGGUGAUCCUCUGCUACUUCAGUACACAGGUAAAGUAAGAAAGAGCUUUAUUGACCUUUGAACCUUCAUCAGAGGGUGUUUAUAGAGAUCACUGCCGCCUAACAUUUAUGGUUGAUCCUCAAUGUGUGGCCACAUAUUCAAAACACCAAAAUUUUCCCUGUGAAAUCACUAAAAUUUGCAACAAGUAAUAGUCCGUUCUGACAAGUAAUUAACUGAGCAAGCUCCUUUUUCGCCGACUACUGACAAGAGUCAGAAUAUGUGUACUUUUGGAAUCCUUAUUGCAGUUUUGACAAGUGUCAAUCUAUUAAUCAUGACAGUGUUUUAUAUGCUAAAAAUGUUCAGGGAAACGUUUAUGUGAACUCAAAAGAAGUUUGUAGACCAUGCAAAAGGAGAACAUCAAGUUAUUGGUGUUCUGUUUAAUGUUUUUUUUUUUCCGAUGGGUACCUUUUAGCGUUUUAGCCAGUGUCAGCAAUGAGAGUUUUUAAUUAAAAAGUGUAUUGAGUGCAUUCUUUUAUUGCACAGUUUAACUCAGUUAAACUGCAGCUGAGUACAUGCAUCUGGCUUCUUUUUUUCAGUGGGAGUCAUAAAUUAUCAACGGCGGAACACGCUUCUUCCCAUGGAACUUCCAAAUAUGGUAGAAAUGUUUUUAAUGUAUCCUUUGGAUUCAAGAAUAAUAGUUAUAUUUUAAACUCAAGGGUGCGAUGGCAAUGUAUUCUGGGUUAAAGUGAUGGGGAGAUGCAGUUGGGCAGUGGUAAAUUUAUAUUAUCUAUGUCUGGUUUUUUUUUAAUACCAUUUACAGUAAAUUUUUUCCGUUCUGGCAAUCAGUUCCACCAACAACAACCAAAUUUUUUUUAAAAGAAAACUACUUCAGAUCAAACAGGAACGUCAUGAAGUUUUCUAAUAGCAUAUUAUUUUCCCAUUUUUAAUACUAUGCUCAGCAAAUAAAUGAAAUAACUGAGAGUCUUUGUCUGUAUAACCUAUCACUUUAACUGGUAGAAAAUAGUUAACACUGGUACAUUUAUGUUCCACUUGAACAAUAAUCAAAGGGAAGGCUUUUGUGAACUGUCCAAACUUACAUACAUUUACUUGCCUGGUCUCGUCAGUUGUGUAGCUGGUUAAUGUUUAAGUGCUGAGGAAUCAAGCCAAUGCCAGCUUUGCAACAUCUGGGUAGAGAUAUCGAUCUUUUGAAUCAACUUCAGCUGCAUUUAUGUGUGUCCAACAUGUCUAAAAUAGUCCAUUUUCGAGUUCGCGAUGACCGCUGAAUUAAAGAACUGAAGACGCAUUUUUUACAGCCGUAGCCUCCAUCUGAAGUAAUAUAUUCACAAAUUCCAACGAGAAAAAGACCUGUUUGUUACCCUGUCUGUUGUGUAAAUUCAAAUUUCAAACACUUACUUGCCAGAAUGUCAGAAUAUGUUACUUCACGUCGAGGCUAACCCUGUAUGAAUGCGUCGUUAAUGUUUGUAUUCAGCGGUAAUUUUUAAUUCGAAACUGGACUAUUGAUUGGUUUUAGUUUUACAGCUGCCCUGAUCGAGAAACCAUUCCACACAGUGAAAUGAAAACUGUAAGUUAUAGGAAGCCAUUUGUUUUGUGUCCUUGACUUAAUUAAGAUAUUUAGUUUCUUUAUCUGGGGCUCUAGCUCUGCUUAACAUGGUUCCUUGUUAUUCACUAGAUGGACAGUGGGCGUUAUUUGCUUUUGUAGAUCAUACUCUUACAACAUACAUCCCUCAUGAAGAUCAAAGAAAUAUGCUCUGCAAUGUCAUUCUUACACUUGGAACGCUGUUACUUGCAGCAAAUAUAAUGCUGGCACUGUGGACAUUAGGGAGCAUUUAAUGACAACAUUUAUCCAUAGAUUUUUGUAACCAUUACAUUUAUUUAUUCUCAACAGAGACUAAAGACUAAAGAUUAUUAUAGUCCAUCCAUUUAUUCAUAAUUUUACAUGUACGCACAUCCGAGUUUUUUCGAAGCAGUGAGUUCGUAAAUAAAUCCUCUACCUUUUAAUGAUACUCUAUAAUUAUCUGAUCAUGUGUUGACAGUGGAAGUCUGUACGUCAACCAACCCAGUCUUAUUACGGAAUGCCGCUUAACAUUGUACAUUCUAUAAUGCGGCAACCCUUAUUCAUGUCCUACAAUUUUAAUGCAUUUGAACUAGGUUCAUUGUUUUCCACUGCGACGGCUGGGUUGUGCGAAACCUUUGUGCGUGAGUAAUGUUGCUUUUACCUUCUGGUGUGACAAAACAAUAUAAAAUAGAUUCAAAAACCGGUAAUUUAUUGGUGCUCUGUCAGAGCAGAUUUACUUUUACAGAGAGCCGACGAUGAAAUUAUUCUCAUUGCGUUAGAAUAAGUGAAUUAUUUACUUUCUCAAGUUAUGUGACCGAGCUAAAUUGACUUGUGUCUGGUACAGCAGGCCAACAGUACUCAAGUAUUGACUGGUUUUUCAUAGGAAAAAAUUGAAGCUAAUUGACUGCAAAUAACUGUUAAAAAAUGAAAAGAAUCCUUUAUAUGGCUAACAUAUUUUUUUACGUCUUCAUUCAACCGAACUUAGCGCUAGAGCGUUUAUUACUGUUAGUAUUUUGUUCUAGGUCAUUUACGACUGUACGGUUGUGCAAAAGUAUCGGGAUAUUUGUUGAUAACAGGUCUCUUUUUGUAGCUUUUUACCGAAAUUUUUUAAUGAAGUGCAUUAACUGAAAAAAGCGGCAAGGAGUGGUUACGAUAC